UAAAAAUCAAUCAAAUUGCAAUAUGUCACUUGUUAAGUAUUUGUAUUGUAGGUUAAACAAUUUUUAAGUGUUUCGUUCAUGUUUAAAGGACAUUGAAUAAAGGUACUUGAAUCUCGCGGUAAUAUUUCAUCCCGGUAAUUUAAAUAUACUAAUAAUCAUUCCUAAUCAGAAGAAAAUGGAAUUAAAUUUAAGUUUUGUUACCGGGUUAGGAUGCGGUAUCUGCAUUGGUAUAUCACUGUUUGCAUUUAAAAAAUACUUUAAAGCAUUUUCUGAAACUGCAGAAGCUGUGAAGAAGUUUGCAUCAAAUUCGGAAUAUAAAUUAGUAUUAGUUGUAAGAACUGAUUUAAGUAUGGGUAAAGGUAAAAUAGCUGCACAAUGUGGUCAUGCAGCAGUUGGGGCUUACGAGAAAGCUUUGAAACUUGACCCAGACAGUUUAAAAGUUUGGAAAAUGACAGGCCAAGCCAAAAUAGCACUUAAGACAGAUUCAGUAGAUGAAAUUAAACAAAUAGCUGAUAAUGCAAAAAAAAUGGGUCUGGUGACAUCAUUAAUAAGGGAUGCCGGAAGAACUCAAAUUGCAGCAAAUUCAAUUACAGUGCUUGGUGUGGGACCUGCACCCAAAGAUGUUAUUGAUAAAGUAACUGGUCACUUAAAAUUGUUGUAAAUAAAUAUUAUUCUAACAAA